AUGAAUAUCAAACAUUUCAAUGAUUUGCAAAAUGCUUUUCAACGUAGUAAAGAAGCAUUGGAUCGAUUUAUUGAAUUUGACCUACCAAAAACACAUUUAAAUCAACGAAUGGGUUUGGGAUGCAGCAAACUUGUUCGAUAUGCGAUGGAGGGUGAGUCAAAUGCGAAAAACUUCUUUCUGUCUGGUGCUGAUCUAAAUGACGAAACAUCAUUUCACGACUACUACAAACAUUUCAUUCAAAACGCGAAAAAACCGUUUCGCGAAUCAUUCAAUAGUUUUACAAAAAGUUUUAUUGAACGUCCUGUUGACAUACACGAUCAAAUGAUGAAACAAUAUGGUUAUCCUUCCUUGCAUUCUACCGCUCAAACUAUUGACGAUCGGGUGCACGAGAAUUUAGCAUUUGAAUUAGAAGCAUCGGUUUCAAAAAUCGUUAAAGAACUGAUACUAAUUGCGCCAACUGUCGUGUAUCGCUUAUGCGAAGACAACGACGAGUCUAAAGAAUUGGACGCCAGUACUUAA